GUGGGAGGCGGGGCCAGAGAACGCCAGAGCCCAGGCUGUGUCCGGCUCAAGUGGCCACCUCUGGGCCCUGAGAUAGGGGACAGAGCGCUGGCGAUGGUGCCGGCGCUGCGUUACCUGUGUAGUGCCUGCGGACGGGCCCGCGGGGUUUUCCCCGGGGGCUUCUCCAUGACAUGUGCUACCGUGCCGGGGAGGCCCUGGCCGCUGUGCCAGAGUAGCCGCAGGGCCAGCACUAGCUCAUUUGAUAUAGUCAUUAUCGGUGGCGGAAUUGUGGGGCUUGCCUCUGCCAGAGCACUCAUCCUGCGACAUCCAGCACUUUCCAUUGGUGUUCUGGAAAAGGAGAAGGAUUUAGCUAUUCACCAGACUGGACAUAACAGUGGUGUCAUACAUAGUGGAAUUUAUUAUAAACCUGAAUCUCUGAAAGCUAAAUUAUGUGUACAAGGCGCAGCCCUCAUCUAUGAGUACUGUAACCAAAAGGGAAUUUCCUACAAGCAAUGUGGCAAGCUUAUAGUAGCUGUUGAACAAGAAGAAAUUCCCAGACUUCAGGCCUUAUAUGAGAGAGGCCUGCAGAAUGGUGUCCAGGGCCUGAGGCUGAUCCAGCAGGAGGAUAUAAAAAAGAAGGAGCCAUAUUGUAGGGGUCUAAUGGCUAUUGAUUGCCCAUAUACCGGCAUUGUGGACUAUCGUCAGGUGGCUUUGUCUUUUGCCCAGGAUUUCCAAGAAGCAGGUGGUUCUGUCUUGACCAAUUUUGAAGUAAAAGAUAUUGAAAUGGCUGGAGAAAGUCCUUCAAGAAGUAAAGAUGGAAUGAAAUAUCCAAUUGUUAUAAGGAAUACAAAGGGAGAGGAAGUUCAAUGUCAAUAUGUUGUGACAUGUGCAGGACUUUACUCAGACCGUAUUUCUGAGUUGAGUGGCUGCAAUCCCAAUCCUCAAAUUGUACCUUUCCGGGGAGAUUACCUGCUCUUGAAGCCAGAAAAAUGUUAUCUUGUAAAAGGAAAUAUUUAUCCGGUCCCAGAUAGCCGGUUUCCUUUCCUAGGAGUUCACUUUACACCAAGGAUGGAUGGCAGUAUUUGGCUAGGGCCUAAUGCAGUUCUUGCCUUUAAACGAGAGGGCUACAAACCCUUUGACUUCAGUGCCAGAGAUAUUGUGGAUAUAAUUACCAAGAGUGGCUUGAUUAAACUGGCGUUCCAGAAUUUCUCCUAUGGAGUCAGUGAAAUGUAUAAAGCCUGUUUUCUCAGUGCAACAGUGAAGCACCUUCAAAAGUUUAUUCCUGAGAUUACUAUCAGCGAUAUACUUAGAGGACCAGCUGGAGUAAGAGCCCAAGCCCUGGAUAGAAAUGGAAAUCUGAUAGAAGAUUUUGUAUUUGAUGGAGGAGUUGGGGUUAUUGGAAAUCGCAUUCUUCAUGUGAGAAAUGCACCUUCCCCUGCUGCUACGUCUUCCCUUGCAAUUUCUGGAAUGAUUGCAGAUGAAGUGCAACAGAGAUUUAAAUUGUAAAUAAUGAAAGGAGCUAUAUAUGCAUUUUAAUCUCCACAUUCAGCAAUAAGAAUAUACUAAUUGCAUUCUUUAAUUUUAAGAAAAAUGGCUUGAAAAUAUUUUUAGAUCUCUCAUUUAGAUAACCACUGAAUUGUUAACAUGAUAUAACAUUGAAAUAAUUAUUUUUUAAAGUCCAUGCUCUUAUACUUUGUGAGUAAAGAGGAAAGGUACAGUUGUAUCUGUCCUGAAUCCCUGACUUCGUUAAUAUUUCUAAGAACAAACUUUGCAGAGAAAUUCAAAGCCUUUAUUAUUCCCAGUCUCUUUAUAAAUGGGUUGGUGUAGAGUCAUCACUAAAUCUAAACAGCAGUACACUGUGAAUGCUUGUUGACAACUCAUCAAUUUUCUAUGGUUGAGAAAAUAGAAGAACUUAGAACUGAUAGGUUUUUAUGAGAACAGUUUUAGAAUCCUGGCACUGAUAUACAAAACUCUGUAAUUUAAAAAAUUAUUUACCUCAUAUCUCUGUUCUUCAGUUACACCAAGAUUCACAAAUUUUGGCCAAGAUCACUGAUGAUCUAUGCCUACUUGGUUUUUCAGGGAUCCUAUAAACUUUUAUGAGGAUAUUUCUUCAUUUUUGGAAAAUACCUAACUUUGAGGCAUUCACUUUUGUAAACCGCAAAAGUGCCUUACGUGCAUGUAUACUUCAUGAGUAUUUAAAAUUGUUGGCCAGCGCCAGAUUGUACAUUACAUACAAUAUAAAUGUGUUUGGUAUCUGUGAAAUGAUUCUUGCAAUUCAGAAAGUUGGAAAGUAGAAAUAUAAAUGAAAAUAUGGCAGCCUACUGAUUGGGGAAACUUUUAUUACAGAACCACCAUUUAGGUGAGACAUUUUUAUCCAUUCCCUCACAUAUACUCUCUCAGGAUUAAUCUACUCUUGAUUUUUUUCUUUCCUUUUAUCACUCCAAAGCUGUGUGAUGGAUGAGUUAGAAGGAUGUGCAUUUUGGUUGAUAGGAAAAACUUUUGUUUUCUUCCUUUUCAUUUCAAGCCUUGGUGAUUACAUUGAUUGAGCUACCUCAUCCCAUUAAUUCAAAAAGCUACAUAUCAUCAGCUCAUGUUCAAGAAGUAGCACACAUCCCAGGUAAAUAGACUAGGCAAUUAUUUGAAAUUUGGGAUGAGUAUAUUAGAAGCAUUCAGAAACCAUUCACAGAGGAAACAAACCCCAAUAGUUCUUCAUAACAACCGAUUCCUUCAAGAAAUGUGACACAGAGGAUAUUUUUCUGUUCCAUUACAAGACUAUUAAGAGAUGGAAAAUAUUACAAUUUUCUAUUUCAUCAGCAGCAGGACUACAUAUGCACUAAGCUGUGAAAGACUGAAAUUACAAAAAUAACUGUCCUAAUUAAAGUACCCUCAUUCCAUGUGGUUCUCUACUAUACCCUCCAAAAUUACAAGUGAAAAAAUUGAAAGUGUUUUGAAUGGGUAGGUUAGUCUCUUUGUAAAACAUUUUGUAUUUAUGUCAAUAGGGGUUUGUUGUGUGAUACUGAUAUAAUAUUUAAAAGUUUUGUGUUUCUAAGAGAAGAAAAUGUAUAUUAAUAUUAAAAAUAUUUUAGUAAAAAUAUUUUAGCCUUGGUGUUAUGAGCAUAAUUUUUAGUUUCAUAAAAACUCUGAUUCAGAUAAAGUUUUGUUUGUAAAACUUGAACUAUCAUAGCUUUGUAGCCGCCAAUAUUUAAAAAAAAUUUUGUCUUUGCAUACAAUAGAAAAAUCAGGUAGAGUAGUUAUAUUUUGGGUAAAAAGUGGAGCUCUUCCUCGCAAAAAUGGCUUUCCAUCUGCAAGUGAUGGCAAUAUUUGUCUGACCUCAGUGUCAUCUUCAUACCCCUGAGCACUAAGGAACAUUAUUUCUUUUCCAUAGGAGAAUGUAUAUUUUUCUAUAGGAGAAUGUAUAUUAUAAUUCAUGUGCUUUUAUGGGUGGGGGAAAUCCAAUAAAUAAAUCAAUCUUUCAGAA